AAUAGCAAAAUAUGUUAAGCUUAGCUUUUUGCACCAAAUGCUCUAUGAAGAAAAAAAGCGAACAUCUGUAGCGCUUGCAAAUAUGCAGAGUCUUGUGUUCUUACAAUUAGCUUUGUCGGUUUUUGUAGCAUGCAGUGCGAAAUAUGCUUUCGCUGACGGAGUGGAGCAGGGUGCGGUAAUUGUCUACCACUCUCGUUUUCUCCGUCCAAAUAAUAUUUUUGAAAUCACGAUAUCGUCAUCAUACUCCACGGAUGUGGAAGUCCAGGCAAUUAUCAAAGGCGGGGAUGGAGAUUUCGGAGAUGCAAAGUUAUCAAUCAGUCCUGGCGAAAGAAGAAUCCUGAAAAUACAGGUCGAUGACCUUGCUGUCACCAAUCGCUACCGUCUGGAACUGGCCGAUUCGCUAUGCGACACAGCAAAAACCAGCGAACUGGACUUGUUAGUGAACGAGUCGCUAGUGCUGAUUCAACUGGACAAACCAGUGUAUCGACCUGCCGAUAUCAUAAAUUAUCGUGUUCUGGUUCUAAAUGCGGAGUUGCGACUGGACCAAACUGUCGACACGGUGGACGUCCGGCUUUUGAAUCCCGCGGAGAAAGAAGUCGAUGUUCAGCGGAAUCAGAAAGCUAAAUACGAAGCUUAUCCGGGAUAUUUUGAAGGAUUUUUCGGCCUACCGAAUUUGGAUCCCGAUGUUGGCCGAUGGACUGUAGAAGUCGCUGGAAAACAUAUUGGCAUUGCAACGAAGAGUUUGUCGGUGGAAGAAUAUCAAUUACCUUUGUUCCGGUUGGAUGUAAUUGCUCCCGAAUCAUUCGUCGUGGCAAAACAAGCGAAUUUACGGCUGACCUUUCAGAUAAUAAAUAAUAUCGGCAUUCCGGUUUCCGGAACCGUUAAAGUCACGCUAACGGAUAGCUUGAAUUUGCAACCGAAACAACUUGGUUUCGCUAAGAUAGAUGGAAGUUCGACCGAAGAUUAUGAGUUGAAUCUCAGUCAGCUGGAAAUGGAAUACUGCCAAAUCAAGAAAAACACCAAACCGUUCCUGACGCUAACGAUUACUGCAACUGAGACACAGUCCAGAAAGAGCGUGGAAGUUAGGAAAGAUUUGGCCUUCUACUGUAACGCAUUCAAGAUGGUCGCGGUCAUGCCGCAAGAGUUUUUUCAACCGGGCGCGUGGAAUAAUGCAACGGUUAAAGUUAUGAAGCAUGACGGAAGUAAGGUUUAUUUUCGUGCCAGAAACAUUUGGACUCAAGGACAGUUUGCUGGCAGAGAGGUCACGCAUAACACUGAACACGAGGACGACAGAUCCAGUGAUUUUGUAAUCGGGAAAAUAGUGGCAGUGGAUGAAGACACUGUGGUUGUGCCAUUCAAAUCGUCGUCCGCUGCGACAUCGGUGACGUUGUCGGUGAACAUUGGCGAGGUCAGGGAAGAAAUCACUUUUUAUGCUCGAGGUGGUCAUGCGGAACUACAUAUGAACGAGCCAGGGCGAAAAUACCGCGUCGGAAACGAUGUCAAGUUCUCCUUGCAAUGCACCCAGAACUGCAAACAUAUGGAAUAUUCGGUUGUUUCAAGAAAAGGGAUCUUGCUCACAAAGAACGUCUCCAUGACAAACGAAAAUAGUGGAGAGCUGACCUUUAUGGUCACGUCCGAUAUGGCACCGGCGUCAAGAAUUGUGGCAUAUUACUUAAAAGAUGCUGACCUUUACAGCACUGGAGGCGUAUUUCUUGUGGACGAGACGUCGACACUGGCUACAGUUCAUCUGCACGUUACACCGGUGGAUCGGUCACGUGAUCACGUCUUGCCAGGUCAAAUGGCACGCAUCCGAGUCGGUGCACCUCCCAAUUCCCUUGUCGGAUUUUUGGCUCUGGAUAAAACUGUACUGCAGCUACAACACGGGUCUGGCAACGAUAUAACUGCAUUUGAGGUUGCAGAGAAAUAUCGUUCCUGGUCGCGUCCGGCGCCGGCGUUAGUUGACUCAGCCAAAUGCGAAGACGAACAAACUAUUCAACAGUGCUAUGAUGAAAAACAAACCGCUUAUUUUAGUAAAUCAAACCUCGCCGUUCACGUCCUACGUGCCGAUUGUCCAGAGGACAGUUCUCAAUUUGCGCGAGUACCAGCAGUACAAUUGCGGACGAACUUCAGGGACAGCUUCCUGUUUAUUACAAAUUUUACAGACACUAAUGGAUUUGUGACCUUUCGAACCUCUGUACCCGACUCCGUAACAACCUGGUCAAUAACUGCGUUUGCUGCAAAUACCAACUACUCUUUGGCUUUGGUAAAAGCGCCUGUUGAGUUGAAAGUCUGUCAGGAUUUCUACAUCAGCAUGGAGCUUCCAGCUAGUCUAAUCGAGAACGAAUCCGGUUAUGUCAAUGUUACGUUGUUCUACGUCCGGGAUCAAGCGGUCGCUAUGAGCUUCAACGUGGAAAUCGGGGCAACAGCCGUGUUUCACAGACAUUUGGAAAGAAGCUCACUGCGCGCCCAGCACUUCCGUUUUCCACUGGGACCUUUUAAGAAAAGUGUGCAGAAAGUGACAGCUUCUCUUUACCUAUUUGACGGGGCUAAAUACGGUCUAGUCGACCAAAUACAAAAAGUUGUAAAAGUAAUACACAGCGGCGUGGUGGAAUACCGAAAUUCGGAUGUUAUCAACGUGACCCGCGGAACAGUCGAAAUUCCGGUUGAUAAUUUUGAUGUGGAACGGGAAGGUUCUGUUGUACCAGAGUCUAGUUCUUGUCUUCUCCAUCUGUACGCUGACCCGUUUGGAAUGCCCGUACAAGAUUUUUCAGUGGGAGAGAAAACCGGACCAUCAAGCAAAUUCUACCAUUCUUCGGCCGAACCAGUAAUUUCUCGAUUUAUGGCAAACGUCCUUUUUAUGAAAUUUUGGAAACAUUUCGCCCUUCGAAUACAGUUCGAAAUAAACCAAACGAAACGGUUGCUCACAAGAAAAAGAUCGAUGAGCUCAUACGUAAUUUACAAGCUGAUUACAAAAAUUUAAAUUGUUUCCGCAAUUCCAAUGACGGAUCGUACAAUACAAAAGGGUCAGCCAGGGCUGCCGGCUCCACUUGGUUGACAGCAUACAUUGCGCGUGGGUUGAUCCUCGCAAAGAAAUAUAUACCUGUGAACGAUAAUCUUUGGCAACAGUCGCUGAAAUUUUUGGAAUCCAGGCAAAAUAGCACUGGCAACUUUCAAGACUAUGGAGAAAUCGCCGACAGACCUUAUCGUGGAGGAGCCGUGGGAGAAACGUCCUUAACGAGUUUCGUCUUGCUGACAUUCACGGAAGCCGGUCCACAGUAUUCGAACACGCGCAAUGUUGCCGUUCGACGGGCUCAAAUCCAACUGGAAUUCACUGUGCAAGGAAAUUUCGCAAAGGAUAUGUACGGCCUGGCCAUCUCAUGUUACGCUUUGAAGCGGCUGAAAAGCAAUUUCACCCAGCACUGCAAAAAUCAGUUGGAAAGUCAGGCCAAGUAUUCUUCGGGGAAGAAAUACUGGACUGCCACAUCCACUGACGGUAUGCA